AUGCUCUACGAUGAGGAAAUAUAUGCUGAUCCGUUAUCAGAAGAGGAUAAUUGCUCUGAUAGCGAAAGUGACAGUGAUUCGGACAGUGGAAGCGAUAUCAUGGUGAGACGAUUCAAAAAUAAGGGAAGACCAAUAAUUAGUGAAUCUGAAAGUGAUGAAGAGAAUUCUGUGGCAAAUGAUUGGUCAAAAGUUAAUUUUAAACUUGACUUUCAUGCUUGCCUGCAACGGUUUGGGUUACAGGUACCAUGCACACCAGACAUAUUAUCAACUGUGGAAUUGUUCAUUGGGGAUGAUUUAUUUAAUUUAUUUGUCACACAAACAAACUUAUAUCGUAAUCAUCAGAAUAAUGAUAACAACAAUGCACCAACAAAGAAUAAAACUUGGAUUGAUACAAAUGUUGUAGAAAUGAAAGAAUUUUGGGGGCUUGUUAUCAUAAUGAGAAUAGUAAAAAAGCCACAAAGAGACGAUUAUUGGCCUACCCACCCAGGAUUACAUACAUCUAUUUUCGGGAACACAAUGCAAAGAAACAGAUUUCGGCAGUUGUGGAAGUAUUGGCACUUCAGCAAUAAUGAGUACUGUCAAGAAAGGCUUGAUAAAAUAAAACCAGUCUACACAAACCAGGUAGAAAAAUUUCAAAAAAUUUAUAAACCCGAGAAAGAAUUAUCGCUGGAUGAAAGUAUCAUUCCUUGGAGGAGCAGGUUAUCUUUUCGUACAUAUAACCCUGCAAAAAUUAUAGAAUAUGGAAUUUUAGUCCGUAUGGUGUGUGAGACGAUACAAGUUCAGAGAUACAAGUUCAUCUGUCUGACACGAGGAAGUCAGCGGCAGGUUGUAACGGCAUAA